AUGGCAACCAAGCACCAACCCCACCAUCUGGCGGUACCGGACUACGCUACUCUGAGACCAUCGUCGGCCCAAAGGGAUCCGGAUUGUUUCAAAACUGAGGAGGAUGAGGAUCGGGACUUGGGCACAGAAUACAUCGUUGUUGAGAAGGGGUCGGUGGAGAUUAAUGCCAUGGUGGAUGGUUUAUCUUCAUCACCGCAGAAGCCGAUGAGCUUGGGUCGACGAAUGUUGCGUGGCUUCAUGGUGGCCAAGCCAACACUGACGGGCUUAAGUUUGUUGCCACAUCGGACGACUUCGAGUGGCUCUCCUCCGCAUCCGUCGUUAGCAACCCAUUCACACAGGUCGCCGGUCUUGUCCUUCCCUCCUAGGCCGCACCCCAUGACGGCCUCGCCGGUCCCGACAGGUUCUCACCCGAUGAACAUUGCCAACUUCGGUCGUUCCUCGCCUUCCAGUCAAGGUCACUACGGCCCCCACCCUUCGUCCCCUCGAAGUUUUGAUACAGAAACUCGCGGCUAUCUUGCCCCCUCUGCCUUCUGCCUUAGGCCCUUCUACAAGUUCGACUUCAAAUCCCGCGACAUUCUCAGGACCGGUUGGAGCAUUCAUCACCUCGUCACCUUCUUCGUAUCACUCUUUUGA